GCAGGUGUUUCUGUGUGGAGUGUGUGGACCUGCUGGUCGGCGCCGGCUCGGCGGCGGCGGCCAUUAAAGAAGACCCGUGGAACUGCUACAUGUGCGGGUCCCGGACCGCCUACGGGUUGCUACGGCGACGCGACGACUGGCCCUGCAGACUACAACACUUCUUCGCCAACAACCACGAGCAGGACUUCGAGCCAGCCCAGUUGUAUCCUCCAGUUUCAGCAGAGAAGAGGAAACCAAUCCGAGUUCUCUCCCUGUUUGACGGCAUUGCCACAGGUACACAUGU